AUGAGUCGUCCCCCCUUCCCGGUGCCCCCAGGAGGGCCGGGACUGGCCCCGCCUCCCGGCUAUUUCGUGCCGCGUCCGCCGAUGCCAGCGCCGUUUCCGAUGCAGCCCUAUCCUCCGGGAGCGCCCGUGCCCAUGGUGGGUGUGCCGCCCAUGGGCCAAGCCCCCCCGCGCCCCAUGUACCCAGGAGCCCCAAUGCCUGGUCCACCGAUGACGCCAGGAGGAGUGCCUCCCCGCAAUCCAGGCAGGCAGCGCACUUAUCCAGGUACAAUGGCACGGGCGGGAGGUCCCAGGGCACCGAGGACGCCCCCUCCAAGCAUGUCCAUGGUCCACAGGAGCACCAGCGUGUAUGUUGGGAAAAUUGCCAACAGCGUGGAUGAUGGCGUGAUGCAGUCACUACUGGAGGCUUGUGGAGGUGUGAAGUCCUGGAAACGCCAAGAAGAUCCGGAAACCAAGCAGCCCAAAGGAUUCGGGUUUUGCGAGUUUGAGGAUGCUGAAGGGGUCCUUCGGGCGCUUCGGUUGCUGAACAACCUGGCGUUGGAUGGUCAAGAGUUGCUGGUGAAAUGCAACACUGCCACCCAGAAAUACAUUGAGGCUUAUGAAAGUGAGAAAGAGGCCAGGGAAGCUGAAAAGCAAGAAGAGAAGGAGGAAGGGGAGGCUCCUGGGAAUGCUGAUGAGGAUCGGGACAACGAGGUCCUGGAAAAGAUCAUGGCCAUUGUGAGUGACAGAGAGGACAAGAUAAAGAAGCACAAGGCUGACCAGGAAAGGGCAGCGGAGGUUUUGAAUGCUCUUGCAGUCGCCAAGCCAGACUCGGCGACUGGGAGCAGGGACAGGGAGGACAGGGAGCGGAAUGACCAUCGUGGAAGGAGCAAGGAAAGGACAAUGGAACGGGAAUUUGAUCGCAAGAGGCAGCAAGAGCGGCGCGAACAAGAAGCGAAGCAAAGGGAGGAAGACCGUGCUUAUGACAAAAAGCUGCAAGAAUGGGACCGCCAAGAGAGGUAA